GGUGUUUGGUUGGUACUGCGGCCCGCGGGAAAAAUCGAUCGAUAUCAGUUUCAGUUUAUAAGAGUGCGCGACGUGUGGAGAACUUAUUACAAUUUGUAGUGUAUAUCAAAGUGUUGCGUGAAUAAUGUCGUUCUAAAUUAAAGCUUUAUAUCGUGUCUGUAAUUUUUUGUGUGAUAAAAUGGCUUUGUACAAAUCGUUUUAUUGUAUUUUAUUCGUCACAGCAUCUGCUGAAUUUGUUUGGAAACACCAUAAUAACGAAGAGUUGCCUCAAAUUUUGGAUGAAGUUCAUAAAAAGUGUCCCAAUAUUACAAGGGUUUAUACUUUAACAGAGAACUCUGUGAGGAAUGUACCUCUCUAUGUAAUAGAAUUUUCAGACAGUCCGGGAUUUCAUCAACCAUAUAGACCUGAAGUAAAAUAUAUAGGAAACAUACAUGGAAAUGAAGUUCUUGGACGAGAGUUACUACUGGGACUCGCUUAUUAUCUUUGUGAACAGUACAAUGAACGCGACCACCGUAUUAAAAAUCUUAUUCAUAACACACGUAUACACUUAUUGCCUUCUAUGAACCCCGAUGGGUGGCAAUUAUCUACGGACACCGGCGGUCAAGAUUAUCUUAUUGGACGUAAUAACAAUCACUCAGUAGAUUUAAAUAGAAACUUUCCUGAUCUCGAUGCCAUUACAUUUGAGUUUGAACGUCAAGGGAUAAGUCACAAUAACCAUUUACUGAAAGAUGUUACUCGACUUGCUGCACCUUUGGAACCUGAAACGAGAGCUGUAAUGCGGUGGAUCAUGUCAGUACCGUUUGUGUUGAGUGCAGCAAUGCAUGGAGGUGAUUUAGUUGCCAACUAUCCUUAUGAUGAGAGUAGGAGUGGUGCGCCCGUAUCUGAAUAUUCUGCAAGUCCUGAUGAUGACACUUUUAGGGAGCUGGCAGCGACGUAUGCCAACGCACACGCGGACAUGGCGUCGCGUACGCGGCCCGGCUGUCGCACGGGACAAGACGAGGACAGGGCCUACAACUUCGGGAAACAGGGUGGCGUCACGAACGGCGCGGCCUGGUACAGCCUCAAGGGAGGUAUGCAAGAUUUUAACUACUUGGCAACGAACGCAUUCGAAAUAACUUUGGAAUUGGGUUGCCAGAAGUAUACCCCAGAAAAGGAUUUGGAAAAGGAAUGGAAUCGUAACAAGGAUGCCUUGCUAGCUUUUAUAUGGAAGGCUCAUACUGGUUUGAAGGGGAUCGUCAGCGACGACUCUGGUUUCAUAGAGAACGCUAUUAUAUCCGUCGUUAACAUCACCGGGCCCGUUCCUAGACCUAUACGACACGACGUCACUACGGGAGCAUAUGGCGACUACCACCGACUGCUGACCCCGGGACACUACGAAGUGACAGCGAGUCACCCGGGAUACUUCCCCGUCUCUCGCAUCGUGACCGUACCUAAACACCAGACCUUUGCAAGAGUACUCAACUUCAGACUUGAGCCCACAACGAGUUGGUUCGACGACUACAGCACAUUCAGGCGCUACUUGCGUGCAGGACAACCACGUAUCUACAAGCGGGAUCUCUAUCAGCAAGUCUCUGGAGCCCUGCUCGAUAAGAAACACUAGGACAAUUGCUACUAGAUAUCGGAUAUCGGCUCGCAUAGGCUAGUAAUUUAGUCCAAUAUUGGGUAAUUUAGAUAACGAAGUCAUCACUUUAGCUGAGUUCUUAAAAUUUACUUUUGAACCUCGUCUCCUGCUCGACUGUGAGCGGAAAAAAUGAGAAAUGUAUGCUUUAAAAGAACUCCGACGACACAUUAGCCAACUGGCAGUAAAGCAGCGUGAUGGAUUAAGAUUUAAGCGUUUCUGUUAAGGACUACUUCAUUCCCGCAUUUAAGGGAAAACAACUAGUAGGACAUUUUUUAAUAUUAUUAGUUGCCCAAGCCUUUUGUAACAACAAAUAUUUGUUACUAUACGGCGUGCAUUUGUUAUUUUACAAUACCUUAACUUCAGACCAGCAGUUCUAAAACUGUAGAAUUUCUAGUAGGACAUUUAUAAGCCUUGACUGUUAUUGUACAGUACUCAUCAUUACCAUCGGUCCAUUUCUCUUCCGCUGCUGGACAUAUCCUAAUGGCACGCCUCCGAGCUCAAUCAUUAGCUUUUAGAUGUCAGUAUCAGUGUGUAAUGUUACAAUUACACAUUCAAGAAGAAAAUUAGAACGAAACAACAACUUUGGACUUGUUUAUUAAUUAUCCAGUCAGCGAUAACGUGUGGUGAGGAUGAAAACUAGAAUAUAAUGGAUUAAUUUUACAUAUUGCAUACGAAUUUCCUGAAGGUUGGAGGUUGGGAAACAUUUAGUUACUAAAUUACUCGCAACGAAACCAAAUUAUUAGUCUAAUGCGAAAUGGCUAUGAGGCUUCGUGCACACUGUUUGGGCUGCUGAGAAAAGCAACUAGAAACAGCAGUUCCAAUUUAGGGAUGUUCCUAUCAAUCUCGAUGCGUUUUCUGUGUUAAGAACAUCCAAGUAUUACUUAUAUCUUAUCAAAGGAGGUUAUAUAACAGAAAAAUAACUUGAAUCUUUGUCAUAGGGACGUGAAAUUCGAACUUUCUGUAGACCAAAUCAUAAAGAUAUGAAGAUUAAAAAUAAAUAAUUACCGAUUAUUAUUUUUUAUUUAUUACAAAGCGAAAGUCAGUAUUUCGAAUAAGUUAUAACAACCUGUAAGAAUUAUGUAAUAACAGAAUGACAUUUAAAAAGUAUUAUUAAAUAUUUAGACUAUAUUUAAAUACCUUAAAAACUGAUUAAAUACUUUUCAUAAAAUACGAAAGUGUGCACGAAGCUUUCGCUAAUGAAUAUGGCGAUGUAACGGAUUUGUAAUCUACUGUAUAUUUAAUUUAUACAUAUUAUUUGUAAAUAAUUUCAGAAAACAAGGUAAACGUUGUUACCAUAAAAAUAAAGAAUAAUUAUUAGACAAAAAGAUGGCAAUUUCAGCUUUGUUGUCCCAAAUGUCAGCCACGGCAAUUUUCAUACAUUACUCUUUGCUUUAUUUUAAAUCUAUUUACAGCAAUACUUGAAAUAACCAUAACAAAAAUAGAAGAAUAUUACAAUUACAUAUAAAUUUAAAGUAGUUUUCAAUGUCGUUGUAGAAUAUAUCAAUAUAAAUAAAUUCAAUGUCAUAU